AAAACGUUGAACGAAUUGUAUGAGAUUUUAAUUUUUAUAAUAAAAAAAUAUUGUGCAUAGGAAUUAAGAAAUUAAAUAAACUAUGAAUUAUAAUUUUAACAUUUAUUAAAGAAGUUUAACAGAAAGCGCUCAUAAAAAGUAAAUGUUCUCAGUUACAAAUGCAUAAAAUACUGGAGUUUCAAGCGGUAGUAUUGGCAGCGGGAAGGGGUUCGCGCCUGCCUGAUGUUGGUGGGACAGUUUCAAAAUGCUUGCUUCCUGUUGGACCCUACCCGGUUCUGUGGUAUUCAUUGAACUUACUUGAAAAAUAUGGAUUUCAAGAGACUAUGGUAGUUGUUCUUGAUGAAGAUAAAUCCAAUAUACUCAAUGCAUUAGAAAAAUGCCCUUUAAAGAUUAAAUAUGAAUUAAUAGUUAUCCCAUCUGAUGAAGACUGGGGCACUGCAAACUCCCUUAAACACUUAAGCAGUCGAGUUACUACUGAUCUUAUAGUUGUAUCUGGAGAUCUCAUUACUAAUGUUAACUUAAAUGAAGUUCUAAACCUUUACCGAAAACAUGAUGCCGCUCUUACCACACUAUUCUUUAAUAAUGGACCAGAAGAAUGGAUUGAGCUCCCUGGUCUCAAAAGCAAGGCAAAACCAGACAGAGAUCUUGUUUGUAUUGAUAAGGAAACAGAAAGACUGGUUUUUCUAGCUAGCGCUAGCGACUUUGAAGAAAACAUAACAGUACCCCGCAUGCUAAUGAAAAAAUUUAGAACUAUAACGAUGUACAGCAGGUUAUUGGAUGCUCAUGUCUAUGUUAUGAAAAACUGGGUUAUAAGCUACUUAGUAGAGUGUGAUAAGUAUACAUCAAUAAAAGGAGAAUUAAUACCGCACAUUGUUAAGAAACAAUUAUCUAAACCAAAAAAUCCAUCCGAGAAGAAAGGAACCUCAGUACUAAAUGUGGAUCUUUCUAAAGAUAUUUUUGACUUUGCUGUUGAUCAAGGAUAUGAGAGUAAAAUAAGAGAUAUGUCUAGUUAUAAUGACCAUAAAUUAGGCAGCAAAGGAGUGUAUUUUAAUGACAUUUUAAGGUGCUAUGCUCACAUACCAAAUAAAAACACAUUUGGUAUAAGAGUAAAUACUUUAUCAACUCUAUAUUUAUCAAAUAAUAAGAUAUUAUCAAAAUGGGAGGAACUAACUGGUACAACACUUGUAGAUAGGCUUCAUCCAAACAGUGAUGUAAAAACAAAACAAAUAGAUGAAACAUGCACAGUUGGUGAGAAAAGUGUAAUUAAUGAAAAAACAUCUAUAAAGAGCUCAUUUGUGGGUGCAAACUGUACUGUUGAGAACAAAGUGCGAUUGACCAACUGCAUAUUAAUGAACAAUGUUACUGUUAAAGAAGGGUGUGUUCUCCAAGACUGCAUAAUAUUCACGGGUGCUACAGUGGACUCAAACUGCAAUUUGCAAUACUGCCUCAUCGGACCACAUCAUCUAGUGCCCGCCAGUUCGAAAGGAAACCACCAAUUAUUUGCUGAAACAACAGACAAUAUGAUAACUCUUGGAUGAAUGUAUUGCGCUAUUUAUUAUAUAAAAUUUUUUAUGUAACUAAAA